GAAAUGAUCAAAGGGAUUAGACGUGGUAGUGGAAAAGAGAAUUUCCGUUAUUAUGAUACAUUGGUGGUGCCCAUCGUAGAUAAUACCCCAGAGGAAGAAGAUUUGACUGAUAGAAUGGCUCAAGCGAUGGAACAACAUCCGGAAACAAAUGCUGUCCUUGUUCGACGUCAUGGUGUUUAUGUUUGGGGAGAAUCGUGGACGAAAGCAAAGGCAAUGACUGAAUGUUAUGAUUAUUUAUUCGAGAUUGCUAUCAAAAUGAAGAAUGCUGGUCUAGAUCCAGCCGCAAAACCAAAUGAAUAA